ACUGGGCUAUUUCAAGUGAAUAUCAUGUUGCUCUUGACCUCCUAUACGCUAAUUAGUUUUCAAUAUUUGGCACAAUAGACGAUAGAAGUUACGAAGAGAGUUCAGCCGGACACAGAACCAUGUGGAGAUCGAGUUUAUGUAGGUGGACAGGACAAAACGCCAACAACCUGCUCCGGUGCUGCCUCUUUGGAAUAAUGGGUAGCAUUCCAUAGGCCCUGGUACUCGAGGGCGGUAAGAUGCUCAUAAACGGGCUUCGACCCGUCGGUCAGCACCCCGCCAAGCUGGCAUACGCUGGCGUGACGACCCGCCUUGUUGAAGUACACAAGGCUUCACGUCCAACGGCCGGUUGACUCGAUGGAUGGGGUAUUAUGACAAGGAAAUUGAACAUGCUCUUGCAACGGAGUGGCCAAGUUGCCCGGAAUGGACUCCGGUCAAGGUCUGGCCGAACAUGUUUCGCACCAUGGCCCUUGUCAUCUCGCUGAUGAUAGUGGGCCCCGAGCUCAGUCGCGACGAGUACUGGCAUAGUACUAUGAUUAGCUUCGUCGACAAUGUUGUUGUUGGAGGUUGGCAGCUCAAGAAGUACUCGCUGUUCAUGCGGCCCAUUGUGGCGCGCGGUCUCGUCCCGGGAGUCCGGCGUGUAUGGCGGCACCAGGAAAGCGCACGUAGGCUCAUCGUGCCCAUGAUCGCACGACGCCGUGCUGGGAGUCUCGAGCCGAGGCGGGGGGCGAGCAGUAUGUGAAACCGUAGGACAUGGUGUACUGGCUAACCGAGGAGGGGGCGGUGUCUUUUGGAAUCCAACUUUAUCGGGCAGAGGGAGCCUGUAUGGCUUGAAGUCGACUUGCGGUGCCAGUUCGCUCUGCCCGAGAAGUAUGGCUGGUCGUCAUGCGGUCGCUGACCAAACGGUUCGAAGGAGUGAAAGCUACGACGCUCGAGAAAUAACGCGCCUAGCGCAUCGGUCGGGAAGCCCUGCCCGGGAGGCGAGCCCGGAGAUCGGCCCCCGGAAGGCACAAUCCCGCCUUAUCAAUUCUUUUAGGUAGGUACUUCCAUGGUGAGAAUCCGUAAGGCAAGUUGAAUGAACAUUAACCCGACUCGGCCCACCUGCGGUCCGGUGCGAACUUGGAGGUAGUGGAGGCAACCUGACGACGGAGGCUCAAAAGGCUAUCCGUCAUACUCUCCU